AUGAACCACGGGGGCGGAUACGGGACCGGGCCCCAGGAGAGGGUGCACCAGGUACCCCGGACACCUGCCCCGGUAGAGAAGUGCCCAUACGAGAGCUAUCAGUCCCAGAUACCGGAUUGCUGUGCCGCGGCUGCCAAGGUCAGGGAUCCUUAUCCGAGGCCUCCCAGCGGAUACGACGGCAGGUGCUACGACGAGUGCCACCGCAGGACGCCCUUCCAGGACGACGCCUUCUCCCAGGAUGUUCCUCCGUCGUUCCAUCGGCCUCAGUCGAGGCUCGGGUACGAGGACCGACCCCAGUCCAGGGUGGGGUACACCACGGACUCGAGGUGUGCCAGUAGGCUGGGAUACGACGACACCGGUGGAGGAUACCUGGACCAGAGCGACCCCAGGAUGUACUGCACCGGAGGGUACUGCAUGGGCGACACGAUGAUGGCCACUUCGAGGGGGGUCUGCGGGGAGGAGGUCGAGCUGGACAUGCGGAGACACAUUCAGGCGUGCGCCUGCACCUGCAACCACAUGGGUUACGGGAACUACAUGGACUAUCAGACAACGUGCCUAACCGAGCUGCCGGAUGUAGCGCCGUGCAACGGCACCGUCCGGUUGCCACCGCCCUGCGAGGACUCGACCAGCAGCGGGAGCAGCAAGGAGAGGAGGGAAGAGAACCCUCGGAGACGAUGUCGAGUCCUGGCGCCGAUCCUCCUGCUGGCAGGGGCCCUGCUCCUGGGGGGGCUGUGCCUGCCCCUGCUCCUCCAGUCGGCCCCGGCGACGCACCAGCAGAGACUGGACGUUAUCAGGAGGAUACUCACUGAAGUGCCUCUUAUCGACGGGCACAACGACCUGCCCUGGAACGUCAGGAAGUUCGUGCACAAUCAGCUGGGGGAGGUCAACCUGAGCAGCGACCUCGGCAGGGUGGACCCCUGGGCCAGGUCGGACUGGAGCCACACGGACAUCCCGAGGCUCCGGGCAGGACUCGUCGGGGCGCAGUUCUGGUCCGCCUACGUGCCCUGUGGAGCAGCGCAGCUGAACGCGGUCCAGCUCUCCCUGGAGCAGAUCGACGUGAUCCGGAGGCUGGCCGAGAUGAACGCGCAGCACCUGACGCUGGUCACCUCGGUCAAGGGUCUAAUCGAGGCGCACCGAGAGGGGAAGAUCGCGAGCCUGAUCGGCGUGGAGGGUGGACAUUCCCUGGGGAACUCCCUGGGCGUGCUGAGGACCUUCUACGGCCUGGGGGCCAGGUACCUCACCCUGACGCACGCCUGCGACACCUCCUGGGCAGUCUGUUCGGUCGGGGAGUCCAACGGGACCCAGGAGAACGUGCCGGGACUCAGCGAGUUCGGGAAGGCCGUCGUGAGGGAGCUGAACAGGCUGGGGAUGCUGGUGGACCUGUCCCACGUGUCCACCAGGACGAUGAGGGCUGCUCUGCAGACCACCGGGGCUCCCGUAAUCUUCUCCCACAGCGCCGCCAGGGCCCUCUGCAACUCCAGCAGGAACGUUCCCGACGACGUCCUUAGGAACCUGGCGAAAAAUGGCGGCGUCGCUAUGGUGCCCUUUUAUACGUACUUCAUAACCUGCAACAACACUGCCACGAUUCGGGACGUGAUAGCGCACAUUAAUCACAUUCGGAAGGUAGCGGGCAUCGAUCAUGUCGGGAUAGGAGCGGGAUUCGACGGGAUCAACUUCACGCCGACCGGCCUCGAGGACGUCUCCAGGUAUCCCCAGCUCCUGGCCACGCUCCUGGAGGACCCCACCUGGACCGAGGAGGACAUCAAGAAGCUCGCGGGACUCAAUCUGCUGAGGGUCUUCGCUAAAGUAGAACAGAUCAGGGACGAGUGGCAGAAAGCAGCGGUUCCUCCCGUGGAGAAGAUCAGUCCUCCGGACAAUUCCGCGUGCUCCUACGGAGUGUCCUGAUCCACUUUAAGGACCCUCACGCCAGGAUUCCUCGACUGGGCCAGAUCGCCGAAAAUCAGACACGUAGCUCACGCCGGAAGGACCCUCUGAAGCCCAGGAGAAGAAGGACUCCGAUUCGCCGAAGGACUCCGAAAUCACCGGCCCACCUCGCAGGACAUCCCCCGAGCUUCUCUCCGGGAAUUCGACGUAUAGAAUAAUAAUUUCAUUAAUCGCGAAUCAUCCGAACGAGCGAUGGGAUUUCUAUUUAAUGAAAUUCCAAAGGACGAAUCGCGGAUCCUUUGAACGGGUCUUAGGGUGUUUUCUCGCCGAUUUUUACUAAUCGCACCGUUAAUCGAUCACCGUAAAUCGAACCGCACGCAUCGAGCGCGCACUGCGGCGGGUCUACCGUUAAAAAAGAACGCCAACAAAAGGGAUUAACAAUGAACAUGUCAAAAGGAAACGUCGAAAUUCGGUGACCGCGCCGAGUGGGCGCCUCUCACCUACGUCCUAGGCUACACUCUACUAGAUAAAGAAAAAGAAAGAA